AUGCUGGGCCGCGGGAAGCCAGCAGCUUCUAUGCAGAAGACAUAUGACGAUUGUUACUUGACAUGCUCGACUGCUGUGUAUUUUGAGGGUCAGAACAACGAGAACGAAGCUCUCCGAUCAUGGCGCAAUGCCCUGGACCAAAUAUACUACCACAACGCAUAUCGAAUGCCCACCGGAUGGCGACCACGUUCCGAGACGGAGAAAGCCCUGCAGGAGUCACUGAGGCAGAUGGAGAUGCAAUGCAAAGAGCGCGUGGAUCUACUCGAGGCACUUCGACAGAGUCGGGAGGAAGCUACGGAGAAGGAAACACAAGCAAAGGCAACCGCGUCCAGCACAAGCAUCCCACUCCAGGAAAGUGCAGACAACAACAACACCGGCCUGAAUGGAAGCAACAUCCCUCCGGUGGACUACUCGGACAUUUCACGCCCUACGCCUCCUUCUCUUUCACUCCGCACCAAACGACCAUCUUAUACUUCGAAAUCGAGCUCCGGAACUGAUGUUCCUCGUUCUCGCAGAUCGCCCUUGCCGCCCGCUGUAUCUGCGUUUCCUCCAUCCUCAUCAUCAACGCUGGCACCCCAAUCGUCGACCGGUCAGCGAAGGAGCUCGCGCACCCCUAGUCCCGAGAAGAGAGGGGGCAUGCUGAGGACUUUGCGCGCUGGUGGGAAAGAGAGAACAAGUUCGUCCAGCAAAUUAUCCACUGCCACCUUCAGGAAGCCCGCUGCUGCUUCUAAGGCCGCCACUCAAGCAUGGGGCAUCACUCAAAGGGGUGCCAGUGUUGGCAGUGCGGAACAAGCUAACGGACACCUGGAUGGUCCUGCUAGCUCUGCCACUGUCUGGGAUCCUUAUACGAGAACCCUCGUCGACCCUAAUUCUUCUCGACCUCAUGCGCCCAACCACACAGCCUCUGCAUCUCCAGUUCCACUUCAUUCAUCCAGUCACGUCCAGCCACCGAGUCCACCCGACUACUUCGUCCAGCCAUCCACUACGAACGGAUUCCAUUCUGAACCUCAGGGCCCACCGUAUCCAGACCAUUCUUUACUGAACCCAGUCCAACCAUCUAAAGCAUAUGCCAGCAGUUCCGAGCACCUGGGUCCACCUUCGCCGAUAACCUCACCUCGUCAGCGACCGAAUGCCGCAUUCACCGCCAACACUCCCAAAGCGCGAAGACAAUCGCCUGUUCGCAGGAUCGAACCUAAGCCUAUCACUGUGGAAGAGGAGGUCCCAACACCAAUCGCCGAGUCUGUCAUCGAACAUCCCGAAGCCUCAGUUGAACCGCAAGAUGAAACAUCUGAAUGGGAUACGCGCGUAAAGAAUUUACUAAACAACCUGCCACGCGGUGUGGACGAAGGUGCUGCAAAACAAAUAUUCAACGAGAUCGUAAUCCAGGGCGACGAAGUCCACUGGGAUGACGUUGCAGGUCUGGAGAUUGCGAAGAGCGCCUUGAAAGAAACAGUGGUUUAUCCAUUCCUGCGUCCGGAUCUUUUCAUGGGACUUCGUGAGCCAGCUCGUGGCAUGCUACUCUUCGGACCACCAGGAACAGGAAAAACUAUGUUGGCCAGAGCAGUCGCGACAGAGAGCAAAAGUACAUUCUUCGCCAUCUCCGCUAGCAGUUUGACGAGCAAGUAUCUUGGUGAGAGUGAGAAACUGGUCCGCGCACUAUUCUCUAUCGCAAAGGCACUGGCACCGUCUAUCAUCUUCGUCGACGAGAUUGACUCGCUGCUCUCGGCGCGCGGUGGAUCGAGCGAGCACGAAGCUACUCGUCGCAUUAAGACCGAAUUCUUGAUCCAAUGGAGCGAUUUGGCAAAAGCAGCUGCAGGAAAGGAGACAAGUGAGAAAGAUAAAGAGCGAGGUGAUGCAAGUAGAGUGCUAGUACUGGCAGCUACGAACUUACCCUGGGCGAUCGAUGAAGCCGCGAGAAGACGCUUUGUCAGAAGACAGUACAUCCCGUUACCAGAGGACUGGGUGCGCAAGCUGCAGCUCACAACGCUGAUGGCAGCGCAAAAGCAUAAUAUCAGCGAUGAGCAUUUAGAUGAGCUAGUGUAUCUGACUGAAGGUUUCUCGGGUAGUGAUAUCACAGCUUUGGCGAAAGACGCCGCAAUGGGGCCUCUACGCUCUCUGGGAGAGAAACUGCUAUUCAUGUCACCAAACGAUAUCAGGCCGAUUGAUGUCACAGACUUUAAGGCCAGUCUGGUCAACAUCCGACCAAGUGUCUCUGCCUCUGGCCUCAAAGAGUUUGAAGAUUGGGCCAAGGAAUUUGGCGAGCGUGGUGGUUGA